CUGCAAUCAAGCACCUUUCGGAUUAUCAUCACCAGAGAGACAGUGGAUUUGUCAUCGUGCAUCAUGUACCUAACCGAUGUCCCUUCCCCCGGUCAAUAAUUGCGGUCUGUUAAGCUGACAGCUGACUGGAGACACGCAGGUCGAUAAUGCCACCCGGUCUCAAGCGCAUUGCCACACGCACCUGGCUGCUCAACCCCGACAAACCAGUGGCCGGCCAACUGAUCAUCAUCUGCACCUGGCUGGGGGCUUCCCCCAAGCACAUCAGCAAAUACAUCGACAUGCACCAAUCGGUUGCUCCACACGCCCGCAUUCUCCUGAUCGAAUCCGAAGUGUCGAUUCUGGUAAGCAGCUACGCCCGCCAGCGUCGACUGAUCCGACCGGCGGUCGACGUCGUCCUCGAAACCCUAGCAGAGACGGAGAUCGGCUCCAGCAACGCCGCGGCCCGCGUGUUGUUACACACCUUCUCCAAUGGGGGCACCAACACCGCCACUCAAUUGCUGAUCACUCUUCGGGGGAUCAUCUCGCACCCGUUGCCCCUGAUCGGCCUGGUCCUCGACAGCACGCCCGCCAAGGGCACGUACUGGAAAUCCUACAAUGCCAUGGUGUUUUCCCUCCCACCGGCAUCGCGUCUUAUGGGCUCGGUCGUCGUCCACUGUCUUUUGCUUCUCCUCUACACUUGGAUCGCCUGCGGAAACGAGAACCCGGCUGCUCUCAUGCGCCGCACCCUCCUGGACGAGCACACGGUCGCAUCCGCGUCCCAGCGAGGGGAUCACGAUACGGCGGGCUAUGUUUGCUACAUGUAUUCCAAGGAAGAUCGCAUGACUGACUGGACGGAUGUCUGGGACCAUGCUGUGGACGCUCGGGAGAAAGGCUGGUCAGUCAAGCAAGUGCUCUUUCAAGGCACAGGGCAUUGUGCGCAUAUGCCACACGAUCCCAUCCGAUAUACCGAGGCAGUGGAGGAGGCGUGGAAUGCCGUUGACCGAAAGCUAGAGUCGAAGUUAUAGAUAGUUCUAUUGAAUUGGUGUUGCCGUAGGUUCAUCGGCUGAUAUAUAUUUUUGACUAGUACCCGAGGAAUGUUGGAAUCAACCCCCAUUUCCAGUCACUCCUGGGACAUUGAAGAUAGCUAUUAUGGUCUAUGUGCGAGUUUCUAAUCAAACAUAGGCCGUUAUGACAGGAUAUAGCAAC